UAGUGGCGGUGGGACGCGGGGUGCCCCAGACCGGAGCCUGCAGAAGCCACCCCUUUCAGCUAGUCGUGAAAUGCCGUAAAGCGGAGGCGCUUUGCGGCAUCGUAGGUGAGGCCGGCGGCGUGGAUCCUUUCUCCGGUCACCCUCCCCCUGUUAUUUGAGAUGCUUUACAUGAUUGGUUUGGGCCUGGGAGAUGCCAAGGACAUCACAGUCAAGGGCCUGGAAGUUGUCAGACGCUGCAGUCGAGUGUAUCUGGAAACCUAUACGUCAGUUCUGACUGUAGGGAAAGAAGUUCUGGAAGAGUUUUAUGAGAGAAAAUUGAUUCUUGCUGAUAGAGAAGAAGUGGAACAGGAGGCAGAUAAUAUUUUAAAGGAUGCUGAUAUCAGUGAUGUUGCAUUCCUUGUAGUUGGUGAUCCAUUUGGGGCUACAACACACAGUGAUCUUAUUCUAAGAGCAACAAAACUGGGGAUCCCUUACAGAGUUAUUCACAAUGCGUCCAUAAUGAAUGCUGUAGGCUGCUGCGGUUUGCAGUUGUAUAAGUUUGGAGAGACGGUGUCUAUCGUUUUCUGGACAGACACUUGGAGACCAGAAAGCUUCUUUGACAAAGUGAGGAAGAACAGACAAAAUGGCAUGCACACAUUAUGCCUACUAGACAUCAAAGUAAAGGAGCAGUCUUUGGAAAAUCUAAUCAAGGGAAGAAAGAUCUAUGAACCUCCUCGGUAUAUGAGUGUCAACCAAGCAGCCCAGCAACUUCUGGAGAUUGUUCAGAAUCAGCGAAUACGAGGAGAAGAACCAGCAGUCACCGAGGAGACACUCUGUGUUGGCUUAGCCAGGGUUGGAGCCGAGGACCAGAAAAUUGCAGCAGGCACUUUGCAGCAAAUGUCUACUGUGGACUUGGGAGGACCAUUGCAUUCCUUGAUUAUCACUGGAGGCAGCUUGCAUCCACUGGAGAUGGAGAUGCUAAGUCUGUUUACCAUACCAGAAAAUAGCUCUGAAUCCCAAAGCAUUGGUGGACUCUGAAUACAGGCAUUUUCUAUUGUGAGAUGUUAAUUUCAGUCAUAUAUACGCAUACACAUAUUUGUAUAACAAAUCAAACAGGUCUUUUGGUUUACCUAAUAAGUAUACAUUGAGUGACCAAAAAGAAAGAUAUUCCAACAGUGCUUGGUUUCCUGUGUCAAUGAGUUUUUACCCUGUGAUAUCAUCAGUUAUUGCUGCUAUUUUGGCAGUUUUUCAGGAUGAACAUACGUGGAACAGACCAAAUUGGAGAACUUACAGCUAGAUAGCCAUAGACAGAAUCAUUUAAAAGCAAUGUCUGUUUAUGAAACCAGUUUAUACAAGAUAGAACUUUCUUCUUUAAAAAGUCUGAUGUCCUGACUGCGAGAUACAUUGUCCUGACAGCAUGUGGUAUUAAUGCAUAUAAACAGAGAUGAGAAGAAUAUGUUACCAGCCAACAGUCCCACUUACUUAGGGCUCAGCUGAGCACACGCCACAGAAUGACAUCCUUUUGCUUUGCUUUGUCUUGUUUAGCUGACGUCCUAAUUAUGUGCCUCAUAUUCUGCUGUAUUUUGGAGGUUAUAUAAUUAUUGAAUUAUAAAUGUUCAGCCAGCCAUAUACAGUUGCUGUUUGGUUUUAAAUAGCAUCUUUCACAUCCACACUGAAAAGUGGAAAAUUUGCUGACUACAAAAUAAAAUUUUUAAAAAUUUAAGCUUGAAGACAACAAUAGAUUGGUCAAGAUUUGUCAUAUCACUUAACAGUUAAUAUGCCUCCAUAUGCAUGCAAGUAGCCACAUUCUUCUUCCUAGUUGUAAAUCACACUCCAUUUAUUAUGUUUCAUGACUAUGAAGUGUUACACUUUUUGUCAGUUCAAAAUAAAAAUAGCCUUGCUCCAUGGUA